UUUAGGGUAACACGGUGUAAACAAGCAGACGCUGCCCGGCUGUUUUCGACAAUCCACAUAGUGACAAGACAUACGUUGUUGCAUUUUGAAUUAUUUUGUUCUCUGCUCGAAGUGCACCAUGUCCUCCAAAAAAUCAAGAAUAAAAACUCGAAAAUUGUCUGCACUCAACUGCCACACUGUAGCGAGCGAAGAAACCCCUCUUUUUCGAUUCCCACCAAAUAAAGAACUGUUUGACCUCCCAGCCUUGCUGUCAACCCCACAUCAAUCAACUCCAAAAUCCGCAAGGACUAGAGGGAGUCAGAGAACUCCUGUUCUUACUCCAGCAGGACAAUCCAGAGUUAUUGGAGUGUUUUUGGUCACUCCUGCUAGGACCCCAGCUCAUCCACUUGCUGUUCCGGUCACUCUCCUAUUGCCACCAACUCCACUAAGCUGUAGGGCCAAAGUGUUUGCAGCUUGGAGCAGUGGUAACACUCCCACUACACCUGCUGGAAUGAACAUCCCCUCUGGCUCAGGAGUCCAGAAGGCUGUACAGGCAUCCCCAGCUGUGCUAGACAACAAGAAGAUGUUGGAGUAUGUGACGAAUAAACAGGUCCAUACGCUCACCCUCCAGCCUUUAAAAUCAUCUUUGAAGGGCAAAAUUGACAAAGUUACUAGUCUGAAGCAAGAGGCUCUUGUUGCUGCUGUCUACUAUAAUUUAGAUUGAAAUGAUGCUUUUAUAUUUGUUUCUUUCAAAAAUUGACUUUGUUCUAUUUUCUUUAAUUUAAAAAUUGGCGUUUUUGUAAUUUUUUCAUUUAAAAAUUGACUUUGUUGUAUUUUUUUUCAUUUU